AGCUUGUCAGAGGGUUUUACUCAUCUGGAGAGAGCCUUGGCUUCUUUUGAGGCAGAAGACCCUAACGUUUCUAGGUUUGACAAAAUCAAGAGAGGAAUCAUGGAUUUGGUGACUUUCUACAAGGAGACCCUGAAGGAGAAGCAGACGAAGAGAAGUGUGCAGUCCAGGCUUGACACUUUCUUUCACAAGUCUCCAGUACCACCACCUCCCACUCCUAGUCCUGAAGUGGUGACAGUUCCAGAUCCCCCUGUACUACCUGUGACAGUUCCAGAUCUCCCUGUACUACCUGUGACAGUUCCAGAUCUCCCUGUACUACCUGUGACAGUUCCAGAUCCCCCUGUACCUGGACCCUCUGUAUCAGCCCGCCCACCUGCACGUGUACAAUCAGACCCCUUUGAUAGUGACAGUGACCCAGAUGACCCUGAGCCUUUCCAUGGUUUUGAUGCCUCGCCCUAUACAUCAGAUGUAGAUGUUCCCUCAUCAGUUGAUACAAGUAUCACCUCCCCAGAGCCCAAAUCAGUUGAUACGAGUAGUAUCACCUCUCCCAUUCCUUCAGACUCCCAAGCACCUGCCCAUCCCACUCCAUAGCCCAGCCACCCACUCUCAUGUACCAUAUGACCAUCCCAGUAAGCAAGCCAACCACUAGAAUUUGACUGGCAUGCACCUGUGACUUACAUAAACCAGACCUCUACAUAGCCUACAUGUCUUCAUUUUGCUGGAGACUGCCCAUCAUCCUAGCCUGUUAUCUGUGAUAAAGCACACUGAAGUUAGGUUUGGAAUGCAUCCUUAUCAUGAAUGCUCUACACCUCCACCUCCAUCUCCCACAACCUAGGUAACAGCUUUGAG